GUCUGCAAGCUAGGAAAAUUUUUGUGAAGAAAACAUGUCGGAUUGUAGCCCUAUAAGUAUUAUUUUAGUGUCGUCCGGUAGUCUGCGAGGAGACAGACUUCUUUUCAGGUAUCCUUAUCAAGACCUGCCAUGCAAACCGACUAUUUCGACAGCUGUGGCCUCAAAUCCAUAUGUACUACGGGAAGCUGACUGCAGUGGUUCAACGAGUAACCAAGGCUUAACUGGUUACACGGAUAAAAUCCUGGCCACUCUGAUGGCCACCAAGACUGAGCUGGCGGGAGACAAGUUUGAGUUGAAGGUGGAUAACCUGCGGUUUGUGGGCCACCCCACCCUACUGCACCAGCUGUCAUCAUCCACAGACCUUUCCAGAUCAGAUGGACCAUCUCCGAGGAGAGAACCUUCCCCCAUCAUCCUCUUCAACAUCGUGUUCGUCAUACAGGCCAACGUUAGCCCGUCUUUAAACCAGUACUACCACGACCUGAGUAAGAGACUGGCCCUAGCCAUCAGACACGAGGAGUGGAGAUGUGGAUACCUCAACAGACAGGCACAGAUCAUGAGAGAUGUACACGACGAGGUGUCGGCCAUGCCUGAAGGUGGGUUUAGUCAUGGCUACCUCAACAGACAGGCACAGAUCAUGAGAGACGUACAUGACGAAGUGUCAGCCAUGCCUGAAGACAGUGCCCCGGCAUCCCCGUUCCAACACAUGAUCCCUCGAUGUGACCUGGCCAGGGAACUUAGAGACGUGUACACAGGGUUGUGUGAUCUAGGUAUUGUCAACAUCAGAAUUAACAGUUGGAUUCUGGUCAGUUUUUGUUUACCUCACAAAGUACACAACAACAACGUAGACGCAACCAAAAUUGAGCCAGAGGCAGUAGAAAGAUGUAUAUCUGCUAUCAGACCGUACCACGCGAUGCUGCUAUUGGUAGAUAGAGACGUGCUGCUGGAGGAGCUACCACAGGACUGUUCCCCUGCGCUGACCAGACUCAUCAGAAUAGCCACACCUCUCAAAAGUCUGCAGUGUCUGUCUCAAGACUCAGAUCUCGCUUUGUCACAGAUUUUUCAGCUAGUGAGCCACCUGGUAUACUGGGGAAAAGCUACCAUUAUCUACCCUCUGGCAGAAAGUAACGUCUACACACUAUCUCCUAAUGCAAAAACUUCUGUGAAUUCCCUCCUGUGUGAGAAGUUUCUGGAGCAGUUCCCGGGGGUGUGUCUGCCCGCAAUCAUGGCUGACUUCUCCCUCCCCCUGCCCCUGGGGGAACACAGGAACCCCCUGGGCCUCCCACAGCAACAGGGCAUCCUUCGGCUCAGCACACACGGCGUUGCCUCCCCUCAGGCCCAGUUAGUCCAGAUGGUGGUGUGGAUGUUACAGCACAGACUGCUGGUGCAGCUUCACACGUACAUCUACCUGAUGUCGACUGAACCUGAAACAGCCGGCCCGGGCGUGGUGAGAAGUCAGGCGUCACCUCUGCUUCUGGUACCAGACGACGCAGCUCGGAACAGGACCAUCAGUGGGGGCAGCGGGGAGGCAGUCAGUCUGGGGUCUCCAGAUGGAGGUGAGCUCGAGUUGAGCUCCAGUGUGGAGACGUACUCCACCUACUCCACAGAGAUGGGAAGUGACGGGAUGCUCAUCACCAAGGACGCCCGUCUGCAGAGGAAACUGACAGAGAGCCUGCUGUCCGACCUGACCGAGGGAGAAAGGCUCAGCGUGCUCAAGGUUCCCGCCGCAUCAAACCCAGAGGAUCUCAGGCUAUUUGCAAGACUGGUGUGGUAUUUCCGUGGGGAGCACCACCUGGAGGAGAUCAUGUACUACGAGAACCUGCGGAGGUCACAGCUGCUGACCCUGCUGGACAAGUUCCGGGAGGUGCUAAUCACCUGCCAACAUGAGGACGCCGCAGCAGCCGUCUUUCACACCAAGCAGUACUGAUGAAAUUAUCUUGAAAGUUCAUCUGUGUUGGUAGAAGUCAUUGUGCUGCAAGAUUAAACUGUAAUGUCCAACACAAUAAAUUGGACU